AAUGGGGGACAGCGACGAGGAUUUUGAAGAACAAAUUCGCCUGCAAAAAAUCUACGAAGAGUCUGAAAAAAAAGGCCAUGCUAAAACGAGAACCGAUGAUGAUGGCACUGUUUUCGAAUGGGAUCCAGUCAAAGAAGCUUGGUUCCCAAAGAUCGACGCCGAUUUUUUAGCACAAUAUCAGUUAAACUAUGGAUGUAAUGUUACUUCUUCAACCUCCUGUGUGACUACUACAGCAACGACCGCAAAUCCUACUACAACAGACUACAGCCAUUUCUACCAAUGGUACAAUCAAAAUUACCAAACUUCCAGUGGAAGCACAAGUACUGAAUCAACAUUCGAUUCGAAGGAAAUGUCUCAAGCAUACAAUAAAUACUUAGACAUAUUUUAUAAUAAAACUGAUAAUCAAAGCGGAGGCGAAGCGAAUAAACAAGAAACAGAUUAUCAUCAUGCACACUAUUAUAAAUAUUAUACGGACACUUACCUUCCAACCGUGGAUGAGAAGGAUAAACUAAGUUAUUGGGAAUGGUAUGCGGCCUAUGUAAAUCCAGGAACGGCGUUAAAUGAAGCGAAAGCAGAAGAUAAAAAAAAGAAUCAACAAAGUGCUAAAACUGAGAAAAAAGGCGAUAAAAAACCUGUUGAGGAAAAUAAGACUGAAGGUUGGUUCGAUGUUGAUGAAGGUAAAAAUUGUACAGUUUACGUUGCUGGAUUGCCAUUUGAUGUAACAUUUGAUGAGUUUGAAAAUUUUAUGAAGAAAGUUGGCCUUAUCCAAUUCGAUCCUUUAACUAAUAAACCUAAGCUAAAACUGUAUAAAGACGACGAAGGUAAUCCAAAAGGAGAUGGGCGUUGUUGCUAUAUAAAAAGUGAAUCUGUAGAUUUAGCUUUACAAAUAUUGGAUGGGUCAGAUAUUAGAGGUUAUAAAAUAUCAGUCGAGAAGGCCAAGUUUGAGUUAAAAGGAGAAUAUGACCCAACAAAAAAGAGAAGAAAGUUAACAAACAAAGAGAAGAAGAAAAUGAAAUUGAAAGAAGAAAAAUUGUUGGCUUGGCAACCGGAAAAGCUUUUAGGAGAAAGAUCCAAGAAUGAAAAGAUUGUAAUUUUACAGAACGUCUUUGAUCCAAAGCAAUUUGAGACGAAUCCCAUUUUAAUCGAUGAAAUCAAGCGAGAUAUGCGAGAAGAGUGUGAAAAGUUUGAUAAUCUUCAAAAAGUUGUACUCCAUGAUAGACACCCUGAAGGCGUCGUUCAAGUAUACUUUAAAGAAUUCGAAUCCGCUGAUAAGUGCAUUGAAAAUUUACACGGGAGAUGGUACGCGUCCAGGCAGCUGAAAGCCGAGAGAUGGGACGGUCGCACAAAAUAUGCUAUUAAAGAAACAGAUGAAGAAAGAAAGUUGCGCGAUAAAAAAUGGCAUGAAUAUCUAUUGGAUAAAGAGGCAAAGGAAAUUGAAAGCAAGAAUAAAGCUAAGGAAGCUUUAGCGGAUAUGACGUCAUAG